AUGAGGAUCCGGGUGACCGACUGGGACCGCCUGACGCACAACGACAUCGUCGGCACUGCCUACCUCUGCAUGUCCAAGAUCUCGGCCCCCGAUGAGUUUCCUGCCCUCGCGAAGCCUCUGAAGGCCUCAGACCCGGACGACGGGCUCGGGUUCCUGCCCACCUUCGGCCCCUGCUACGUCAACCUCUAUGGCAGCCCCCGGGAGUUCACCGGCUUCCCCGACCCCUACGAGACGCUCAAUUUGGGAAAGGGUGAGGGGGUGGCGUAUCGCGGCAGGAUGCUGGUGGAGCUGGAGACCAAGCUGGUGGAGCACGUGGAGCAGAAGGUGGAGGACAUUUCGGCGGAUGAAAUCCUGCGGGUGGAGAAGUACCUGCGCCGCAGGAAGUACUCCCUCUUCGCUGCCUUCUACUCAGCCACCAUGCUCCAGGACGUGGACGAUGCCAUCCAGUUUGAGGUCAGCAUCGGCAACUACGGCAACAAGUUCGACAACACCUGCCUGCCGCUGGCCUCCACCACGCAGUACAGCCGGGCCGUCUUCGAUGGUUGUCAGUACUACUACCUGCCCUGGGGCAACGUGAAGCCUGUGGUGGUGCUGUCGUCCUACUGGGAAGACAUCAGCCACCGCACCGAUGCCCAGAACCUGCUCCAGCACGCAGCAGACAGGCUGGAAGCCAACCUGGAGAAGGUCCACCUUGCCCUCAAGGCCAACCGCUUGCCCAGCGAGCUGGACGCCCUGGGUGCCCAGCUGAUGGACGACACCAUCGCCGACUGCAGGUAUUUGCUCCUGGCCCUGCCUGACGUCCUGGGGAAGCCGUGCAGCACCCACCUGGACCAGAACCUGUACCGCUUCCGCAGCGCCCACCUGGAGCAGAUCGUGACGGCGGCCCUGAAGCUGAAGCACGAGGACUCGAGCCUGGCGGCGGCUCUGGAACAGGCAGAGGACUGGCUCUGCAGGCUGAGGGCCAUGGCAGAGGAGCCCCAGAACAUGCCCGACAUCGUGAUCUGGAUGCUGCAGGGAGACAAGCGCGUGGCCUACGCCCGCAUCCCGGCCCACCAGGUCCUGUUCUCCAGGAGCAUCCCCGGCUGCUGCGGCAAGAACUGUGGGAAGCUGCAGACCAUCUUCCUCAAG